AUUCAAUCAAUUAUACCUUAUUUUAUUCAAAUGAUAGCUUUAAAACUGGCAACAUGAAGGAAGAAGAAUUAAAAUAUCUUCUUUACCUUCUUGAUGAUUUAAAUGAAACAGUAUUUGAAGAAAUUUUACAAAUCUACUACAAUGCUGAAGAAUUAAAACCAUGCAAUGACUUAUCUGAAGAAACAACAGAAUUCUUUAAGAGAAACCUUAGAAGUAAUCCCGUAACCACAUCAGAGAUAUUGACAUAUAUACAAGAACAAAAAUGUGAAAACAAUUCAAAUAUAGAUAAAAUUCAAACAGUAUAUUUAGAUGUUUUGAAACAUGAAUUAACAAUUUAUAAUAAUACAGAUAGAUUGGUCACCUUACUGUCUUUAAUAAAGGUAAAUAAUAAAUUCUUGCCUAAAUUCAUAAAUGAGGUACUAAGACCUUUAUCGGAGGAGCCUUUAAGGCAAUAUAGGAAGCAAAUUUUGCUCAGUCUGAUACCCCAAGAUAGACCUGAAAUUUUAAGCACAAUUUCAGAUUUGAUGCAUAAAAAUGAACCUCAGAAGGAAUUUAAAUUGACACCAGAGUAUAUGCUCGAAUUAUGCUAUCAGGAUAAAACACACUGGUUGCUAAAAGCGGCCGAAAUAUACAAAGAACAAUUGCACGAUAUGAAAAAUGUCACGUUCAAAAUAAACAAUUUCACUAAACAGAUUAUAAUCAUGGUGCUUAUUGAUCUCACUAAUUGUCCAGAAAGCUAUGAUUUACCAUCUCUAGUACACCAAUUAACUAAUAUAUUUUCAAUCCUCGAAGCAUAUACAACAACCGACCAUCAGUUACAAUUCUACAUAACUGAAAUUAAAAGAGAAUUAACGGUGAUUAAAUUUUGUCUAGAAAACAAUUGCAAAAUUAUGACCACAUCUAUUUUAAGCCAGGUUUUAACGCAAAGCGCUUUGACGGUGAUAUCCCAAGUGUGCAGGCUCUCCAAAAUAGAUCGAUAUAAAGUAUCAAGACUGUUGAAUACAAACAACGAUUUUAUAUCAGAGUUAGUGACAUUGAGUGAUAAAACAGUUGCCAAGAACCAGAAACCACUAAGCGCUAAUUGGGACACAUCGACGUAUAACAGUUACUGUGCGGUCACAAAAGUAAUAGACACCAUACUCAACUCUACCGAAGGAAUAGAGAAUACGCAAGACAUGAACGUGUCUUUAGAAGAUAUCAAACGUUUAAUUCUAUCGAUCCAACCUCUUCAUUACUGCAUCGAAGUUAUAGAGACGAUAUAUUCUUGUUUAUUUCUACGCUACGAGUAUUUCUCGUGCUACGAACACACACAAGACUUACCUUGCGGCACCCAUUCCGAAUGCUCAUACUUUUAUUCAAAAAAGCAAAGUAAGCAAUCAAAAAUAUUCAACAGUUCAAGUACUGGAUUCAUGUGCAACUCGUUUACAACUCAAGUCAUAUUAAACACGUUAAAAAUCUGCUUAGAGACAUUAGCUGAGAGAAAAGAUAAUAAUAACGAGGAUGUGGCUCCUAAUAUCUCAGCGAGAUUUAAAAAGAUGAUCCAAGUGGUGAAUCAUUCUAUUUGGAAGUUGCAACUGGUGUCGACUCUCUCGCCCGACAUUAGUCCUUUACAAUUAAGAUUGUGCUUAGAUUAUGUAGAGGUGGACCAAAGCAGCGAUGAUGAAGACCGAGAAAUGGAAUUAAAGGCAGCAAGAAGAAAACCAAAAGUGAGAAGACGACAUACCAACCCUAGACCGGACGCAGAGCACGCUUUACUCGCGUCUACUGUCUCGGCGACUGAUGAUGCGUAUGUCACGAAGGAAAAUAGUAUUGACUUCAUAUCCAUAAUGUUGGCUAAACCGAAUUGCUUGGUGGCGCUUGCACUGUAUCACAACGACUUUCCGAAAGCAAAUCAAAUUUUAGAGAUGUUCGAUUUGGCUGAUUCAGAAAUUGCUACAGAAGUUCAAUUCACGGAGCAAUUACGACAUCUGGUAGCAAAAAUUAAAAACAUAAUUUGCUACAGAGACAACAUACGGUAUCCUACUAAGGAACUGUCGGCGUUGUCUGUCGUAUCUACAGAGGUGAUGGGGCUAGUUGAAGGAUUUCUCGCAUCGAAUCGGGCACCAAAUUCCUUCGAUAUCAUAGAACUGGCUGCACGUCAUCCGCACCUCCAGCUCUACAAUCACCAGAACGCACCGUUCAUAAAUGCCGUAGAUAUUUUGCUGAGCAGUGGACUCAACAGAGAAAUUACCUAUGGCCUCAUCAAUGUCGUCGAAAGAAAACUGGCCGAAGUCCGAUGCAGCACCGACGUAUCCGCCGUAAAGAAGACUAACUAUAUUCGUUUCGUCGAGGACGUUGCCAGUGUUACCUUCGAAAUAUUCGGCAACACUGAAAAAUCAUUCGAUUUCGUCGACAACAUAUGCGGCUUGAUCACCGACUGUCGGAUACCCAUCAAACAUAAAGAAUUCUGCAAAUUGAAUCAACUAUCGAAAGAAUUGAGACAAUCGUGUCAGGAUCUCGAGGAUGUUGUCAAUCCGAAUCGAGGAUCGUAUGACGAGAAUCUAUUACAGAAAUACCAUCAAAUAUACAUGAAUGUCGUCGCCGCAUCUGACAAAGAUAUAUGCAAUAUCGCCGAGGUAUCCCACAAUGGGAACAAGAAAGCGAGAGUUCAUUACCUGCGAAUGUGCUACAUGUACACUAAAUCCGUCUCACAGUUAGAGCAGGAAGACAAUCGUUCGACAGACUCCGGCUCAGACGCUCCAUACUUCGUUAUAUUGGAGCGACAUCUACACGACAUUUUCGGAAACAUGAUCAACAACAAAGACAUCCCAGUCACAUAUCUGGAACCGAUUUGCAAAAAGUUGAACGUCAAUCUGAUACCAAAGCUUAUAUUAAACUUUUGUCCUUCGAUUACGUUAGUCGGACCUCAGAAAGAGGCUACAGAAGAGAAUUUCAACAAUCUACUACAAGUCGUGUACGAUUUUAAAAAUCCCGAGGAGAAUCUAUUUCUUGAGCCGACGGCAAACUUUGCUCCGUUGCCGAGGUCGCCGGAUACACAAUGUCUCACAUACAUUGUGUUACAUAAUUGGGUUCUAGCUCAUAUCAUAAAGAAAAUACAUACUUCAUUAAACGAAAGCAGCAUGCAACAGAGCAUAGACUCUCGCACCAAAUGUUUGAACAGAUAUAUGGAUCUUGAAAGAUUCGAGCGCACGAAAGUGUUAUUCGAUGGUAACAAAUAUCUGGCGUCGCUCCAUACCACUAUCGAUUUGGACAAACUAUUUUUAUUUAUGCCUAGAUUAUUGGAAUCGGGUAAGAUUCUCCAAUCUUUGAAGAUUAUUGACUCAUUGUCCGAAAGGCAAUUAUUGAGCAGCGCGAAUUUGCUCAAUCUGAGGGAUUUAAUUCUUUUCAAACUGGCUACGAAUCCCAAAAUGACCAGUAACUGGAAGCAUUGCCAACACUUGAAAUGUCCAGAAUUAAAGUUAGAUUUGAUUCUCAAUAACUUGAACUGUUGGCCGGCAGAGGGUGCAACGGAAGUAUUGGAUUAUUUGCGGUUCAUUUUAGAUCCCAUCGCUGUAGAAGAAGGACUAUAUGAGAAAUGCAGCGAUUGGAUUGUGAAAAUACCUCUAUAUGAACAGAUAGCGACAAUCAUGGGAGUUGGCCAUUGGUACAAUGUGUACGAGAUGUCUAUACAAAAUCCGGAAACAAUUAUAGAAAUAUUAGUAGACAGCCAACAGUUCAAGCUGUGUUUGGAAUGGGCUGAUGUCCACGAUGUGUCGGAACACAUGAAGAAUUUGAUCGUUGUGAAUCUUUUACGACAACUCUUUGAAUACACGAACCAAGCCACGCCGGAUAUGAUCAGAGAACUACUAUCACGGCUCUCGCCAUCACAAGCAAAUGACCUCAUACAAGAAGAGAUGGCCAAAGUACGCAAUGUAGAGAUCCUUCAAGUGUGCGUAGAUUACAUCUCCGAAAAUUCCUACGACUGGAAAUCCUUCGAAAACAUCAAAAUCGGCCUACAAAUAAUGCUCGGGAUCAAUCCGAACUUGAGAAACGCAUUCUGGGAUCUAAUAGAAAAUCCUCUAUUAAUGAUCGAGCAGUUUCUAAUGAAUGGAAAAUUAGAAACUCUAACUGAUGUGAUAAAUAAAAUAGCACCAAAUCUUAAGAAAGAUCCGAGCGGUGAUAACCUCUAUUACAAUAUAAAAUCUAUUGAAACAUUGGUGAUAUCUCGGAACGCUGUAGACGCGCUACUUCGGUAUUACGCGGAGAAAGCUUUAGACAUGAGGAAUCCUAGAAACGUGUCUCCUACACCUUUGAAGCCGUGGGACGAUUCUCUUCUUCAGUCUAUAGAUUCGAUAAACCUGGAGGCUGCUUCUCGUCCGUUCCUGAUGCCGGAGCAGGUGCCCAGCAAGGAGCAGUGGGUGGAGGACCACACCACGGACCGUUGCAUGAUGUGCAAGAUCUCUAUCUUCUCUAUGAUCAUACGGCGGCAUCAUUGUCGACGAUGCGGACGGCUCGUUUGCCACGCCUGCUCCAGACAUCGGAUGCAUGUCCCGACAUACCCCAGUGGUGUGAAGUUCCGCGUCUGUGACGACUGCUACACACAAACGAUGAAUCGGCGUCCGAACACCGACCAGGACAACUUGAUUCUCAGCAGCCACUCGGACUCCGCGGGCAGCGCGGUCACCUGCAUGGACUGGUGCCUCUCCUCCAGCGCGGAGAAGAACGAAGCCGUCCGCAAUGAAUUUAGCUACGAGUUCACGCCUAACGUCACACUGUGUCUCACUAUUAUGAAGAUGCAUUCACCUAAUUUGGAUUAUCCAAGGUUCCUGUUGGACCGGAGUGACGAGGUGGGCCGGGAGCUGACGAAGGGCGGGGACGCGCGGCUGCUGGUGCAAGCUCGCCGCUCGCUGCUGCUCGCCGCCGCGGAGCUGUACUCGCGCACGCCGCAAGAGAAAACUGGUGGGUCGCGUGUGUCGGAGGCGGGCGCGGCGCACGCGGCGCGCUGUCUGGCGCACGCGGACGCCAUCGCCAUGCUCGUGCGGCACCAGGCGCAUCACCUCAUGCCGCACCACCACGCACACCCAAGUCAAAUAGUACGUUCGCUAUUAGAAGCUGAAAAAUGGGAUUUAGCUUUAGAAAUAGCGACAAAAUCAGGUCUUCCUAGAAACAGCGUACUCGCCGCGUGGGGUAAAGCGUGCUUAAAAGCGGGUUGUUUUAAAGAAGCUCGUAAGAAAUUCUCACAUUGUUUCAAAAACACGUUUAAUGUGCCAAUAGACGAAGACUUCGAGUAUGGCAAAGAGGCUUCCGAAACACAAUUUGUGAACAAACGAGUUAAUACAAUGAGAAUGUUAGAUAGAACCGGUUCUAUGUCUAGUAUACAAUCUGAUGGAAGAUCUGAAGGAAGGUCUAGAACGAAUCCGCCAUUGCUCAAUGAAAUUAUAAAUAUAUUAGAAGAUAUGAAUUAUCCUGUCAAUCAACAGCUGUUAAACAAGGCUGAAACUAUUAAGAAUACAAACGCAAAACUAGCAACAAUGAAUACAAGCAGAAAGAAAAUACCAAUAACUGAACCAGCUUUAAAUAUAAUGCACACACUCGCAAGCGUUAAAAAAAUAAAACAAGGCGAUUACAGCGACUUCCAAACGGCAACACUACCGCCUAAGAAAUCACUCGCUCAAGGUCUUUUAAGAAGAAAUAAUAAUCAUCAAGAACCAAAAGUCGAUCAUCAACAUAAAAGACUGGAUCCAUUCUUCUAUAAAGAAUGUGUUUAUUAUCUCUCUAACUACGGCUCUCAUGUCGCUAAUAUACUGUUCUAUAUGAAACACAGCGAUAUGGCCGAAGUAAUGAGGUAUUGUUACGAUAAUAUGGUCGACAAGGAAACUUUUACAGAAGCAGUAUAUAUGGAAUGCCUUAAAAAGGAUAAGGUGAAUGAAAUGCUGAAAGCUAUGGGAGAUAUGGACAGUACGUUGGAAUUGUGGGCUGAGUACAUAAUGCACGUGUGCCGCACGCUGGAGGGCAGCAAGCGUAUGGAGGCGCUGUACGCGCUGCAGUGCGGCACGGGGCAGCACGCGCGCGCCGCCGCCACGUGUGCGCUGCUGUACGCGCGCCGCACGCCGCACGCCGCCACCGCCACCGCCACCGCCCCCACACCCACCCCCGCCGCAGCCCUCCUCGCCAGGCACCACCACCUCGCCAACGCGCUGCACCACCUCUCCCAGUGUGUGCCCUCCACCACCAAGAUAAACGAUCCGAAAUCCCUGCAGUUUAACAUUGAUAAAGCGACCAUAGACAAUUUAAUGACGACAAUAACGAGACAGAUGGAACUGAGCAAGUAUCUAGCGGCGUGCGAGGCGAGCAAUAGAUUGAACGAGAAAGUGUUCACGGAAGUGAUACCGAUGCAGAGCGCGCACGCGAGCAGCGCCACAGACUACAGACCGCUCACUCUGUUCGGUUCCAAUACAGAUAAAAUAAGACUCGUCGCCAUCGUACUGGCCACAGGACCGAGUAUCGAGAGCGGAUUCGAUUUAGCGUUCAAAAUUAUAACAGAACAUAAAUUGGAUUCUAUGAACAUAUACACUCAUGUGGCCAAAUACUUAGUGAAUACCGACAGAUUUAUGGAAGUCAAGACGUUAGCUAAAUGUAUAAGAAAUUCCAAAGAGACUGCUGCCAACCUGAUGAGCGACCAGGUGCUGGAGUGGGGCGUGGGCGCGGUGGUGGCGCGCUGCGAGGCUCGCGGCCAGCUGCACGACGAGCAGGCCGAGCUGCUCAUCGCGGACGUGCACAGCGUGCCCAUCAAGAUAUCGUGCUACCUGACAUGUCGCAACGUGAGCAGCGCGUACAUCCUGGCGGCGCGGCUCGAGCGCACCAGCGAGCUGCGCCGCGUGCUGCAGGAGGCGGAGCGCCUCGGCAACGACCAUGUACGCAACGCCUGCCUCAAGCGACUCACUAACAAAAACCUUUUACACUAGGAUACAACAAAAAUCCCUACCAAUAAUUUCUACCUUGUAUCGAAGUUUACAAACAUCUUGGCAGUUCUGAACUUUAAAAGCUGAGUAAAACAAAUUAAGGGGCGUUGCAAUUUCCCUUGAACCGCCAAUUUUUUUGAUACAUACCAAAUGUGUAUUUCGAAUAUCAUAUGUAUAGUAAUAUAGUUAUCCAAUGUUCUUACGGUGAGGGAAAACAUCAUAAUGUAUAUCUAAAAAAAAAAUCAGAGAUGUAAAGUCACAGUGGGCCACCGCGUUUGAUUACAUCUAGCUUGGUUUUGAACCUCUCAAUUAGUAUGUUUAGGGAAAUUAUGCAAUUUUCGAUUUCAAAUUUUAAACUUUGCUCAAACAUGCAAUAUUAUAUUAAUAAAUAUUUUAUGCAAUACAAGGUUUAUUAAAUUUUGCUGUUUUUCUCAUUUUAGAAGAGAGAUAAGAUUUUCCUCAUUUCUGCUUAGAUUCAUGUAAGUUUUAUACUAGAAUGUGGCCAAAUGAGAAAAUAGAUUUUUUUGGGUUCGUUACUACGAAUUACUAUAGCGAAGCGACCCAUAGACAAACUAAAGAGUAGAUUCGUAUUAUUCUUAUUAGCUUUUUAUCAUAAGUUGUAAAAGAUCUUUAUUAUUAUUGUCAAAGAUAAAAAAUAAAUAUAUUUUGUAAUAUUUAUAAUCAGUGUUAAUUUGAAAAUGUGCUUCCAAAUAAUUUUAUAUAAUUAUGAGAUAUCGGACUUUUAGCUUUAAGUUUUCAGUAAUAUAACAUAGUUUAUUAUCUUGGCUUAUUGAAUUAGCUUAGUAAGUGGUUGAUAAAAUGGCGGCUUACUAUUUAUUUAGUCAUUUUGUGUAUAAAAUCAUGACCAAAAAUACAUAAAUAAACGACUAAAGUUAUUGUCUAUGGGUAGAAUUUAAUAUAGAUGGUGCUAACAAUAUUGAGAAAUCAUAAAAUGCUUAAACUUUUUUGAACAUACUUGAACAUAACUAUAGGUACUAUUAAUGUUAUAAUUUGUUUAAAGUUUGGAAAACAGUAUUAAAUGAUUUUUUUAUUUGCAAAAAAGGGAUGCAGUGGUAGUAUAGUAGUGUAGGCAAUUUUAUUUUCAAAAAUUAUCUGUUACUGGUUUUUUUAUGAAUAUGAUACUCUUAAAUAAAUAAAACCUAGAAUGUUGUACUUUUUGAUAUUAUCUAGUAAAUAAAGAUUAAGAUAAAACUAUAAACCAUUGAGAAACUUUUAACUAAUUUAAUGCAUGUUGGUCUCAUAUUGUGAUAAUUAUAUGUAAAAAUGACAAAUACUUGCAUCUCAUCAAUUUGACAUUUUAAUUAUUCUGUAAUU